CAGAAGAACAAGAAAACAGUGCUCUCCCUUGGAAACUACGUCACCCGCUUCGAGCAGCUAGCAUUGAAAGUUGGCCUUUGUUCUUCAUUUGGACUCACCGAGAACGACUACCACACUCUCCACGCCAACUUCAUCAAAGGACUCCCGAAGGAGCUGUAUUUUGCUCUCGCAACAAGGGUCGCUAGGGAUCGACCCAACACCAUGAAAGCCUGGUACGACGAAGUCCGAAACGCCGACGCCGCCGAACAAGGGGCCCUCACCAUCACAGACACCAGGGACUACGGCAAGCCAAUGGAUAUUGACGCCGCUGCAGUCGCAGCAACCUUUGCCCCCACAUCGGGAGGAAGGAAGUGGGAACUAGGAGCCGUUCUCAAUGAGGCCGACCGGAAGCUCCACAGGGACGGGAACCUGUGCUUCUACUGCCACAUCAAGGGCCACAGCGCCAAGGAUUGCCGCAAGAAAGCGGCUGCACGACAAGGGGGUGGGAGGCCGAACCAGGGAGGAUCUGGGAAGGACGACUUCCGUGCCAGAAUCAAGGCACUCUCCGCUGACGAGAAGCGGGAGCUGUACGAAGAACUUACGAUGGAGGAUUUAUGA